AAUAACCUAUCCACAUAAAAUAUUCACAGUCACAAACAACUCAUAGAUUUCCACUUACUUUCAUAUAUAUGAUUUACUACUGUAAAUAAUCUGAAUUUUACUCACUUAUUUAAUGACAACCAAAACCCAAUAACUUAAAGUGGACUGGAAACCAAAACAUCUCUAAUUUUAGACUCUUUAUGUUUCGGAACGUCUUAGCAAAUUGCUUAUCUACUCUUGUGAAGUAAACACCCUUAGAAUUUCAGUAUUUAACAAACAAAACCACAUAAAAUAAACUAAAAGUGUGAUGAUGUGUUUUCGAUGUGGUAUCAUUUGAUUGGUCCUUCCUUGCUCUGCUGUUAUUGUUCACAAAACGCAGAAAGCAAUUAUAAGCAGGAUUAUGCGCGCUUGAAAGAUAUGAUGCUUAUCAGCUAUUUCUCUCAAAUUCUAUAUUUGCCUUUCUGGAGAAGUGCUUUCGAUUCAAUGGUUUUUAUAUCCUCUACAUCGUCAUCUAUUGAUCCAGAAAUCAUUGAAUUGAAAUCAAUCCAAUACAAAAUGGAACUGAAAUAUGAAAGCGAUUCAAACACUCUUCUUUUGGCUGAAUAUUGUGAUUCAACAUCUAUAUCUAGGUCUCUUUCAUCGGUUGAUUCAUAUAGUUCUCUGGAGACCAUAUCUACCACAUUUUCUUGUUGCUUCCCCUCUUCUUCUGCAUUUACUUUUCUCCUUUCUCACUUUUCGCCAAAAAAAGAUUAUAAUAUCUAUUACCAAAAUCCUUCAAUUAAAGAUUUGAUUAAUAAGUUUGAAGCGAACAUCGCUCAAGAAAAUAACCUAAACAAAUCAAAGAUCAUUCACUCAAAUAAAACUGAAUUGAUUACUUUCUCCAGUUUUCUGAAAAACGAUUCAGAUCUAAAUAAGCUGAAUCGUUUCAUUCGAAACUAUAAUAAACCAGUUCAAAAUUCAAUUAAUAUUCCUGAUAACAAUUCAAUCAAACAGAAUCCAAAAAAUAAAAACAGUAUAAAAAAUAAAAUUGAUCAAAACCCAGAAAUGACAAGUAAAACUGAUCAAAAAUCAAAUAACUCACAAUUAAACUUAAGAAAUAAUAAAAUCAAAAAAGAUAAAGAAACAAAUCUCAAAAAACAACUUAUUGAAGGGAAAACCACUCAAUCAAAAUGUAUAAAAAAUUCCCAAGUACAAUACAAUCAUUAUCGUCAUUUAAUAGUUAUGAUUUGGUCCUUUUUGACCUUAUUAUCAUCGUUCAUUAUAGUCUGAUUCAUAACUUGAAAAUUUCAUCCCUAUUGGUUUUCUAGUUAACUCAAAUCAUUGAAUAGUAAAUUUACUUUGAAAUUGAAAAAGUAGUAAAAGUUCAGUAAUAUCAC